AUGAACAAGAUUUGGGUUGUACUCUGCCUUAGGGAUGGGACUAAUGACAUGUAUUGUUGUGUGAUUCAGGCAGUCAGGGACUACUACACUAACCAUGAUGUUGCUAGUGUCUUACAAAAAAUGAAUAGGGAACCCGAAGAUCACACCAAUCAAGAAACUGAAGUUAAAAUCAAUGAAGAAAGCAUUGAUAAUGGAAACCAAGAACAAGAGCCUGAUCUCACUAAAGGACGGGAAGAGACUGUUAGGGAAACCGAAACUCAAACCAAUGCAGAAACUGAACCUAUCAUCAAUGAAGAAACCAAUGCCAAUGUAAACAAAGAACAAGAGGAAGUGAAUCAGAAGAAUGACAAAAGAAGGAAACAUAUUGCAAAAAGGAAACAAGGGAAUGAAAUUGUUGUUAGAGAUGUCAAGAAGCACAAGUCUGCAGUUGUUGUGCACUCGAGAUCAAAAGACUGUGUAGAAGUGGAUAACAAAUCAAAACCGGUGGAGAAGAAAAAGGCUAGACUUUUGGUCCAAAGAAUACCACCAAAUUGGUUCAUGGCACUUAUUCCUAAAAUUCCGAGACAACACAGAGCUGCCAUUAGGAAAAUAGGCUUUGGUGCCUUCCUUGAUUUAGAUAUUGGUGCCCAUAAGUCUGCGUUUUCUGCUGAACUUGUAACAAGCUUAGACGCCAACAGAGUUAAUUUGGUGAUGGAUAAUAAAGAAGAAAUAGAUAUUCAGUUGAAAGACAUACACCUUGUGUACGGGCUUCCAAUAGGAGGAAGGAAAAUAGUGGAACCGAAGAAGGAAGAAGAUGAAGAAUGGGUUUCAUUUCUGAGAACAUGGAGGGGAUUCUUUAACAUGGAAAGUGGAAGUCCAUACCUGUCAAAAGUAUUAGAUAGGUUGAAUGAGUUAUGUGAAAAAGACUUGUGUGAUGAUUUUUUAUGGCAUUUCGUGGUGUGUGUAGUGAAUACUUGUAUAUGCUCAACAUCAAGACCGGAAGUGGCAUACAAGUUUCUGUAUAGCUGCAUGGACAUACAGAAAAUUCAUGAAUUAGACUGGUGCCAUUACACUUUUGUAAAUAUGAAGAUAGCUGCUGAAAAAUGGAAAGGAGGAAAUGCUUAUUUCACUGGACCAUUGCCUUUCUUACUGAUUACAUAUUUUGACCGGUUGCAAAGGGAGAAGAUUGUGCAACCAAGAGAGUUCCCUCUCCUUUCAGUCUGGAACAGUGAGAGGAUAGAAGAAAGAAUGAAGAUUGAAAACAAGAGGGGCUUUGGAAAGGGGGUUGUGCUCAAAAGAAUAGCUUAUGAAGGAUUACUAGAAGAACAAGUUGAAGAACACAUAUACCAGAAAGAUCCUCACUUGCAAGCAGGCUCAUCAACUUCAUCCUACAACAUUAUGGGCUUUCUGGACAAAUUUGGGGAUUUGGCUAAGGCACUGGCUUCAAAUAUCAACGAGAUGUAUGUUAUGGUAGAUAAAGCAUCUGACCUUUUCAAAGAAGGCGAUACAGCAGAGGAACUGAAAAGGCUGGUCGAUAAUAUUUGGAGCAAGUACACAAAUAAGCCAACUGAGCCAAUUCUGCCCGAAGCACAAGAAAAAGUCAAGAGUCCUUCAGUUCUUAGCCAGGACAAACAAAUGUUUGAUGAACCUGGAUUCAUUGAGGAAUUGGACGUGGUAAUGGCUAAGGCAUGGGAAGAUUACCAAGAGAGAAUAGGUAUGAGUAAGAAAUUUGUCAAGCCACGUCCAACAAAAAAGAAAAAGAAGGCAAGAGAUGAAUCUGAUAUAUUAGGCUUCAAAUUGUUGACCCAAAGCCAAACCGAUGAAGAAGAAGAGCAACCCCUCCCAUUUGCUACAACAACGACACACAUCUUUGUUCCAGAAUCAGAAUCACCAGUGAUCCUUAGUGAUAUUCCAUCUUCAUCUGCAUUAAAGCCAACAGAAGUGAUUUCUCUCGACAGUGCUGAAUCGUUUGAAAAUAUGGAUUUGGAUUUGGACUUGGAUCUGGCACUUGGAGUUCAAAAAUCCUUGGAAAAUGCAGCAAACAAUGUCAAAAGCCAAGAACAAACAGACACAGAAAAUGCAACAAACAAGCCAAGUUCGGGUAAAGAUGAUGACCCUAAGGAAAGAGCGUCUGAUGUUGUUCCAACAGAGGCUACUUUGGGUAACAAUGAUCAGCAAAUGGGAACAGAAACUACUAAAACACCAACUGGUUUAGAUAUUGAUGGAAAGCAAGCUGGUUCGCCAAAAUAUGAGGAGCCAAAACAGAAAAUAGAUGAGCAGGAGGGGGGAAAUGAUGAAAGUAGAAAGAGUCAAAGAUGCAUUGAGAAGCUCACGCAAUAUUUAAGAUCGCCUUUCAUGGUCAAACAUGAUGCAGCGUUCAAGAGAGUAGAUGUUGCUAAAAGAAGGAUGGCUGAUUAUGCAUUUGCUGAAGGACCAAUUGAGUAA